AUGCCACCUCACGUGCAGACGGCUCUCGCAAAUACAGCCAUUACGGAGCCACGUGCUCUGGCCACCCAUCGUUUCGUCCCUGACGUGUUGGCCCCGACACGCAGCUACACCCCCCCCCCUGGUGCGGCCGCUCUGCCUGUUAGGGGGCGCAUUGUGACUGACGGCCCGGCCAGCCCUGACGGUGGGUGGCGUCCGUGUGGUGACUACCGCCGUCUUAAUGAUGCGACCACGCCCGAUCGUUACCCGGUGCCCCACAUUCAAGACUUUUCCGUACAUUUGGCGGGGAAGUCCGUGUUCUCUAAAGUGGAUCUGGUGCGGGGUUACCACCAAGUCCCGGUGCACCCUGCGGACAUCCCGAAGACAGCAGUGGUGACUCCUUUCGGGCUGUUCGAGUUCCUCAGGAUGCCUUUUGGCCUGAAGAACGCAGCCCAGUCGUUCCAGCGGCUAAUGGACUCGGCACUCAGGGACAUGCCUUUCAUCUUCGUCUACUUGGACGAUGUCCUCGUCGCCAGCUCCUCGGAGGAGGAGCACCUGACACAUCUCCGAGUUCUUUUUACACGGCUCGACCAGCACGGGCUGAUCAUUAACCCGGCUAAGUGUGUUUUUGGGGUGCCGUCCAUAAAGUUCCUUGGGCAUCUCAUCACCAGUGAGGGGGCUGCCCCCCUCCCUUCGAAGGUGGACGCCGUUUCCACUAGCCGGCAAAUCCAAUGUGGUUGCGGAUUGUCUUUCCAGGGCGGUCGUUGGUGCGGUCCAGCUCGGACUAGACUACGAGCGUAUGGGUGCAGACCAGCCGCAGACCGCACCCUUCAGUCCCUCAAGGACUCGGACACUGGACUGCAGCUGGGAAAGGUCGCGGUCGGCGCUUCUGGGGUCAGGUUGUGGUGUGACCCCUCUACCGGCCAGCCCAGGCCUCUGGUCCCUGCCAGCUGGCAGCGGUCUGUUUUUGAGACUAUACACGGCCUGUCCCAUCCUGGCAGAAAGGCAUCUGUUAGGCUUGUAUCGCAAAAGUUCGUCUGGAGAGGACUCAAGAAGAAUGUGCGGGCCUGGGUUGAUUCUUGUGUGGCCUGUCAGCGUGCUAAGGUUUUUGUUGUUCCGGAGAGGAGGUUUGACCACGUUAACAUCGACCUGGUGGGGCCGCUUCCCCCUUCACGUGGUUUCACUUACCUCCUCACGAUGGUAGACAGGACGACGCGCUGGCCUGAGGCUGUUCCCCUCGCCUCUAUCACGUCUGCCGAUGUGGCUCGGGCGUUCAUUGGCACGUGGGUUUUGCGUUUCGGCACGCCCUCUGAUCUAUCCUCUGACCGGGGUGCGCAGUUUACCUCGGAGAUCUGGAACGCUGUGGCGGGGGGUUUGGGUGUCAAGUUGCACCGCACCACCGCAUACCACCCCCAGGCUAACGGACUGUGUGAACGUUUCCACCGCUCUAUGAAGGCUGCCCUUCGGGCCAGCCUGACGGACGGCAACUGGGUGGACAAACUGCCCUGGGUCAUGCUUGGCCUUAGGACCGCCCCCAAGGAGGAUCUGCAGUCCUCGUCUGCCGAGCUUGUUUACGGCCAGGCUUUGCGGGUGCCUGGGGAUUUUAUACCGGAUGCUACGAGACCUUGGUCUGCUACCGAACAGCGGUCCUCCCUGCGGGAGGUGGCCACGGGGUUUGCGCCUGUUCCUACGUCGCAGCACUGCUCCCCUGAGUCCCGGAUGCCCGCUGGCCUCCGCUCUGCGUCGUUUGUUUUCGUCCGCCACGACGCCCACCGUGGACCGCUGCGUCCCCCUUACGACGGCCCGUUUAAGGUUUUGCAGCAUGGGGACAAGAGCCUGGUCGUGGACAUUGGGGGUAGACCUGAAACUAUUUCCGUUGAUAGGAUCAAGCCUGCUCAUGUGGACAUUUCCAGACCGUUGGUGUUGGCCCAGGCCCCACGCCGCGGACGCCCCCCAGUACUUUGUUCCCCUGGUCAGUCGGGAGUUCCUUCGACCGGGACGGUGCCGGCUGCGUCCCCCGCUUCCCUCCCCUCAGCCCCUGCCACUUGUACUCGGAGUGGUCGGGCCAUCAUUCCAUUCCGGAGUGGGGAUUUUGACUAUGAGGAGACGACUGUUAUUUGUUUUAUUGAACAAACUGCGACUAAACACUACGACAUGGACCCGGUCAGACUGCUGAAGGAGCUCAAAGCCACCUUUGAACAAGAGGUGCUCUACCUGCCCAAGGAGGCGGGGCUUACUCUCCUUGAGGCCACUCAGGAGGGCAGUGGGGUCUCGGCCAAAAGCAGAGAUGCCCGGGUGGAGGACCUGCUGAGUCUGACACGCUUCUUCGGUUACAGCACUAAGACAUUCGUCCUGGCGGUGAACCUGCUUGACAGAUUCCUGGCCAUGAUCCGGGUGCGGCCCAAACAUCUAUCCUGUGUGAGCCUGAGCUGCCUGCAUCUGGCUGCUAAGUCGUGCGAGCGAGAGUGCGACGUGACGCCGGGGGAGGAGCUUAUCCGCAUCAGCCAAUCAGCCUUCACAGCCUCUGACCUGAGCCGCAUGGAGGCCAUCAUUGUGGGCAAACUGCAGGCGCACCGCACCGCGGUCACCGCCGCCACCUUCCUGCAGCUGUAUCACCAAAUCGCACUAGCACACUGUACACACAGCCACGGGGCUUUAUUCUGA